AUGAUGGGAAUAGAUUACAAUGUUGCUAUUAAUUCACCUUGGAUUGAUCAGAUGACUCUUCCCACAAGUAUAAUGGCAGGGUUCCCAGUAUACACAAAUUGCUUUGAGACAAAAUACACAGACAAAUCUUUAUCAUCAUUCAUUUGGAUGAAGUCAAGAAACAAAAGUGUUGAUAAAGUUUCAUCCCCAUCACAGAAAUCCAGUAAUAAGGAAGACUUGAACAACUGGCCAGUUGUUGGAGAAAGUUUUGUUUAUAUUCCUGCUACUGCUGACAUUGGUCAUAAAUUGAGAUUAGAGUGCACUCCUAAGAAUGCUACUGCUAUUGGUCCUCCUGUCUUGUGCGAAACUAACACCGUUGUUGAAGCUGGACCUGGUUAUUGUCCAUUUGAGAAUCGUCAUGCGUACACACGUCAAAGUUCAAGUCAUCAGAGAUUUCGGGUUGUGUCAUAUAAUAUACUCGCAGAUGUUUACUCUUCCACGAGUUUCGCUCAAAGUGAGCUCUUCGGCUACUGUCCCACAUAUGCUCUGAAUAUUGACUACAGAAAGCAGUUGAUCUUGAAAGAGUUACUCGCUGUGGUGUCAUCAGCAUAUAAGACUAAUUUCGUGUCUAUGUCUUGUGGUAGAUCAUUUGUAUACAAUGUAAAUAGUAAUGGUCCUAAGAUCGAUCCUUGCGGAACUCCUGACACUACAUUUUCAUACUCUGAAUGA